ACAAUGAUUCACUUGUGAUAACCACAUGUUGCAAGUGGGCUGGAUAUGGCUUUUUGCGCGUGCCAGCGCAAGCCCUCUGCUGAUAACCAACCUGGGCUUUUCAUCACUCUUUGGCCUUCAUCCUGUCUCUGGAAAUCUACAAACAACUUUAAAUGGCCAUGCGGCCCCAUGUGUUACCAGGUCUAGAGUGAUUUGCAUCCUGCAAAGGUCUCUGGAUUCACUACCUUGUUGCUGCAAUUGAGGUCCAAUUCAAUGUCUUCUAAACGAUGUUGCUAUGAAGAGAGGCCAGCAAUGACUGAUGUGGAGCCUGUGGUCACAGAUUUUGCAGCAUCAGGAAGAUCAGGUCGCCGCAAUGCCUUACCAGACAUUUUGGGUUCUCCAGCAGGGGCAGAAGCCACUGAUCUACCACAAAAACUAGCAGAGCUCUCUGUAUCUCAAGAUGAUGGUGCAGGAGGAGGGGAACCUUCCGGAGAAACCCCAGCUGAAACUCCAGAAGAAAAAUCAGAUACUUGAACGUGAUCCUGAAUGGGAAUUUUUUUUUGCUGGGAGGAGCAGCACUGAUCUGCUCUAACCGGCAGGCUGUGUGCGGACUAUGCAACAUAUUCAUGUGGGAAUGAUAUAUCUCUUGGUACUUGGCGCCCUCGCUGAAAUAUAGAAAUAUAUUUUCUACUCUAGAUGGAUAUAGUCUAGGUCUGAGCUAUAUGACAAAGAAUGUUAUGUGGGUUAUAUUUUACAAAGCAAGUUUAUUGAAAACUGUAAACUUAAAAAAGCACCAACAAUUGGAGGACAAGGCAUAUACAAUCUGUUUUGUUAUAGAAGAAAAUGCAACAGUAAAGAUUUGUUUUGAGGACAGCAAAUCAGGUGUUUCCUUAUGUCACCAUGUCUCACACCUAUCAUUUAACUUAUAAAUCAUUGAAAGAAUUAGGUCACCCUAUGAUAUUGUUCCAGCUAUUUGUCUUUGCAAAAUAGGAAAAAUAAUAAUCAAGGCAACCAAUGUCUCAGUGCCUUAUGUCAUGCAUUUUCUAUGUGACCGUUCCAUAAACUAAAGUGUCUAGGGAAAAAAGUCACGUGAAAGGUUGACAGAAUUAACAGCCAGCAACUAAGAGCUGCAUUUCUGUGUGUUACUUUGUCCAACACUGUAGCAAUGUUUGUGACUUCAAUUGUUUAAUAUGAAAAUAAAAGUGAUAUUGGCAUUGCUGUGGAUGAAUUGUAA